UUCUUCCUCAGAUAAUGGGUUUGAAUUUGAUAAGGAUGAGAGUUUUGGUUAUGGUUUUGGUGUUGGCGUUGAUGCCUUGUGUCUCACAAUCUCUGGCCAUCAAUCAACUCAAACAAUUGGCUGCCAAACACAAUAUAACUUGUAUGUUAGUUUUCGGUGAUUCCAGUGUUGAUCCAGGUAACAACAACCGUCUUGCAACAGACAUGAAGGGUAAUUUUCUUCCUUAUGGGAAGGACUUCUUCAAUGGUCGCCCUACCGGAAGGUUUAGUGAUGGAAGACUUGCCACAGACUUCAUUGCUGAUGAACUUGGGUUUACAAACGCAAUUCCGGCUUUUCUUGACCCGAAUAUCAGUAAGAUGGAUAUACUACAUGGAGUUAGUUUUGCUUCUGCUGGUUCAGGCUAUGAUGAACUUACUGCCAAUUUCUCUAGUGUAUUAUCUGUACCCAAACAAUUAGAGUAUUUUAAGCAUUACAAAAUCCACCUGAGGCAAUUGGUGGGCGUGAAAAAGGCAGAAGAAAUAAUAAGGAAUGCUAUUUUUGUAAUGAGUAUGGGCACUAAUGACUUCCUCCAAAACUACUACUUGGAACCCAUUCGCUCCGAGCAAUACACUUUGGAGGAGUACAAGAAUUUCUUGGUUUCUCGCAUGGUUGAGGACAUUAAGGAAAUGAAAAGGCUGGGAGCGACAAGAUUGGUCGUUGUCGGGGUCCCUCCCUUGGGAUGUAUGCCACUUAUAAAGACAUUAAUGGACCAGAACCAGAGUACUUGUGUAGAAAGCUACAACAAAGCAGCUUCCACUUUCAACUCCAAGAUUCAAGAGAAACUGGCAACUAUUAAGGCAACUUUACGGCUCAAAUCUGCCUAUUUGGACUGUUUUAAUAUCAUAAUAGAUGCAGUAAACCACCCCAGAAAAUAUGGUUUUGUUGAAACUGCAAAGGGGUGUUGCGGGACAGGAACAGUAGAAUAUGGGAAUACAUGUAAAGGUUCAAGUGUAUGUGAAGAUCCAUCAAAAUAUGUAUUCUGGGAUGCUGUCCACCCAACACAAAAGAUGUAUCGAAUAAUUGCCGAAGUGGGUCUGAAAUCUCUCAACGAAAGUUUCUUGCUCUGAUUAUUUAUGGAAUUUUAGCCCCCAGGCAGGCACCUUUGAUUAAAGAAUUAUUGAGAAUACAAUAUUUUUAACAAGUAAAAAGAACUAUAAUGUUUUGUUGUUUUAUGUACUGUGUCUUUUCAUUGAUGUUACAUCUAAUUUUGUUUACA